AUAAAUAGAAUUUCCCAGUUUUGUUGCCUAUAAAUGCAGAGCACCAAAGAAGAGUCUAAAAAGCUGGAAAGACUUACGUUAAUGGCUGGUACAGUGCAUACAGAAGCUAACAAAGUUGAAGAAGCUGAACCUGAUCUGAAAGGAAAGAAAUUAUCAUGGGGAAAGCUUCGUCAAUUCGAUUCGUUUCAUUUGGAGGCUGGAAGAAUCCCAAAUAUUAAUGAUCAUGCCAUGAAGGAUGGCUGGACAAAAACACUUGCUUUGGCAUUCCAGAGCGUAGGUGUGGUGUAUGGAGACAUAGGGACUUCACCUCUAUAUGUAUAUUCAAGCACCUUCACAGAUGGUAUUAAGAAAAAAGAUGACAUAUUGGGUGUCUUAUCCCUUAUUCUUUACACCUUAAUAUUCAUACCCUUGAUCAAAUACGUGUUCAUAGUGCUGUGGGCAAAUGAUGAUGGUGAUGGAGGGACAUUUGCACUAUAUUCUCUGAUAUCUCGUCAUGUAAAGAUCAGCUUGAUACCAAAUCAGCAGGCUGAAGAUGCAAUGCUUUCAAACUAUAAAUUAGAGACACCAUCCAGGAAAUUAAAAAGAGCUCAAUGGAUCAAGCAUAAGCUCGAGAGCAGCAAAAUGCUGCAAGUUGUCCUUUUUCUUUUCACAAUCCUCGCAACUUCAAUGAUAAUUGGUGAUGGUGUCUUAACUCCAGCUAUCUCUGUACUUUCAGCAGUGAGUGGGAUAAAAGUGAAAGCCGCAUCUUUGUUACAAGGGCAAAUUGCUCUGAUCUCCAUAGUUAUCUUGGUGCUUCUGUUCUCAGUUCAACGUUUCGGCACAGAUAAAGUUGGAUACGCAUUUGCUCCUAUCAUAGUACUGUGGUUUACUCUAAUUGGAGGUAUUGGGCUCUAUAAUUUAGUUAAAUAUGAUGUUGGAGUUCUCCGAGCAUUCAACCCAAAGUAUAUUGUUGAUUAUUUUAGAAGAAAUGGUAAAAAGGCAUGGACUUCUCUAGGGGGUAUUGUGCUGUGCAUUACAGGAACUGAAGCCAUGUUUGCUGAUCUCAGUCACUUCAGCGUUAGAGCAAUUCAGAUCAGCUUCAGUGCUGUUGUGUUUCCAGCAGUAUCACUGGCCUAUAUUGGACAAGCUUCAUACCUUACCAAAUUUCCAGAAGAAGUCGAUAAUACUUUCUAUAAAUCAAUUCCUGGCCCGCUAUUCUGGCCAAGUUUUAUAAUUGCCAUUGCUGCUGCAAUCAUUGCAAGCCAGGCUAUGAUAUCUGGGGCAUUUUCUAUCAUUCAACAAUCUCAAGGUCUAUCUUGCUUUCCAAGAGUAAGAGUUGUUCAUACUUCUACAGAGUAUGAGGGACAAGUGUACAUUCCAGAGAUAAACUAUACACUGAUGGUUGCCAGCGUAUUAGUGACGGGAAUUUUCAGAAGCACAACAAACAUUGGAAAUGCAUAUGGAAUUGCAGUUGUUUCAGUCAUGCUAAUAACCACUGCGUUGGUGACACUAGUAAUGCUUCUAAUAUGGAAAACAAGCAUUUGGUGGAUUUCAUUAUUUUUAAUAGUAAUAGGUGGCAUAGAAGCCAUAUAUCUCUCUGCAGUACUGUCGAAGUUUAUAAAAGGGGGCUUCCUACCACUUGCACUUGCAUUUUUCCUCAUGCUGAUAAUGGGCAUAUGGCAUUAUGUACAUGUCAAGCAUUACAACUUUGAGCUGGAGAACAAAGUUUCAAGUAAUUAUAUACAAGAGUUAGCUCUUGAUAGGAACAUAACAAGAAUACCAGGAAUUGGACUUCUGUACUCAGAACUAGUCCAAGGCAUACCACCAAUAUUCCGUCUCUUUAUGGAGAAAAUACCCUCCAUCCACUCAGUUUUCGUGUUUGUUUCAGUGAAACGUCUUCCAAUAAGUAAAGUUGAACCACAUGAACGUUUUCUUUUCAGACAACUUGAACCAAGGGAGUUCAGAUUGUUCAAAUGUGUGGUCCGUUAUGGGUAUAAAGAUGCUAUAGAGGCCGCUAAAGAUUUUGAAAAGACACUCAUUAGACAGCUUAAAGAAUUCAUCUAUCAUGAAUUCUUGAUUCAAGAGGGUGGUUCUCCAUUGCAAAACGCUCCAUUGGAAGAUCCAGCAACUGAAGCAACAGAAAGCAAUCAGAGGAGAGCAGGAUCAAACACAAUACAUGCAGAUGAAACACUAAAAGCACAAGGCUCGGCUGGUAAUUCUUCAGGAUCAAUACUGCCUGCUAACAGUAACCGGUCAGCUAACUCUUCAGGCAGAAGGGUCGGUGCACUGAUUCCAGCCAUUGAGGAGGAGAAACAGUACAUUCAGAAGGAAAUGGAGAAGGGAGUGGUAUAUCUGCUAGGAGAAACAGAAAUGGUAGCAAAGCCCAAUUCUUCUAUCAUCAAGCGAGUGGUAGUAAACAAUAUCUAUCACUUUAUUAGGAGGAACUUCAGGCAGGGAGAUGAGGCUAUGUCAAUUCCUAAGGCUAGGCUGCUUAAGGUUGGAGUAACAUAUGAGAUAUAGAUGCUACAUGAUUACAGCGUAUGGUUAAUGACAAGAAAUGGUGUCUAUAGAAACUUCAGAAAAUUAAGUAAACAAAUAUGUAAUUUAUAUUUCCCCUCGAGAUCAAUCUUCGGUAUUUGAAUAAUGUUCAAAAGGUAAUUAUUAUUUA